GUGCAAAAUCAACGACUUUUACCUAAAAAACUUCUUUGCGUUCUGAUGGCAACUUGUGACGUUUUGGCACGCUACUUCUUUGCCUCGUUGUGCUAAAAGACUUAUCGUUGGUUUCUCGAUAGAGAAGACUGUCCUUGAUGAAAUUUAUUUGACGGGCGAGUCCUCGGUCUUGGUGUUAUUGCGAAUCGAAUACAUCCCGAUCCGCAACCAUGUCGGCCACCGAAGAGAAACAACACAUACCGACGAACUCUCCCGAGAGUAACGGCAUCUUAGAGCCGCCACAGCCGCUAUUGACUUAUAAGCAACCAUUCGAGAGGAUAACUGAACCGACAAAACCAUUGGACGUCGUGUAUCGAUCACCAUCUCACGUGUCUGGUCCAGACGUACUAGGGCCAUCUUCAAUACGGCCGCCGACACCGCCGUCUAAUUCUGGACCCCACGAAGAAGCAGGAGAUGAAAUCUACGACCGCGUGUCGCCACACCGCAAGCAUGUCAUUGUGACCAUCCUUUCGUUUUGCGCUUUUCUAGCGCCGCUGUCAAGCACGAGUGUCCUCGCUGCUGUCCCCCAGGUGGCAGAGACAUAUCACACGACUGGGUCCAUCAUCAACGUGAGCAAUGCCGCGUAUAUGGCGCUGAUGGGUAUAUCGCCGGUGGUAUGGGGACCCAUGAGCCAGGUGUUUGGCAGGAGACCAGUAUGUUUGGCUAUUUCUUUUUUCCCCUUUGGAUGGAGGUCGCCUCUUAGUCGCGUAUCUCGUUGUCCGUUGGGGAACGACAGGGGGUAGCGUAGUUCGCAUGCUGAUUUUAUAUAGAUGACACAGUUAACCACGGUGUUGUUCUUCUUGCUGAGCAUAGCUACUGCUCUUGCUCCAAAUCUGGCAUCAUUCUUCA